AUGGACCAAACUCAAACAGGGGGUCUUCUUGACCCUCCAGAGCUUACACCGCUUGAGCAGGAGGUUCUCGACGAGUACGAGCGCCUGGCGGACAAUAUGAACAAACUGGCUACCAUUCUCGAUCAUCUCGCCUCGAACCCCAGCACAGAGAUCCUCGACGGCCUUCGCGAGCUCGAGCGCAAGACAAGCUUGGCCUUUACGCUUCUCAAGGCCAGUGUCUACAGCAUAGUUUUGCAGCAGGAGAUUGACUGGGGUGAUGGAUCGACGGCGCAAUAA